AUGUCGUCGCAGACCAUGACGGCGCCAGCAGUGGGCCAUCGACCGCCUGAUCCAGGUCCCGAUACGCCCAUGUACGACUAUGGUCUCCCCCAGAAUGACGGCCCUCUCCCAAACGAAUCGAGGAGCGACUCCGCAAUCCGCGACAUGCAUAAUUCUGCCCCAACCUCCAAGGGCUUGCCCGCCACCCCGAUAGGUGUCAAGUCUGAACCCUCCGAAGACCAGGAUUUUCCCAUGUCCGAGAACCAGAAGGAAAUCAACACCCAGUCCGCUGCCGGCGCCCUACUAGCCCAACUCCUCGGAAAUCAAUCCGCGCCGAAUUCUGCUGCGAUAGACCAAUCGACCGGGCAACAAUUUGACCAGAAAGAUGGAAGUUUUGACGAGUUAAAUAGCCAUUUGAUGGGUCCAUCCGCUGAUUUUACCACAUCCUUCAAUCCGAGCCAGCAACAGGACCCAGCCUCGAUAUCCAAAGGGAUGUCCAAUGGCGGAAAACCCGCCGUUGAUGUCCUCGCGGCCGCUGAAAUGAGUCCCCGGGGAGGAAACAGUGCAGCGCAUCGAGGAUCCGAUGCAAUGGAUUUCCUCUCCGAUCCUUUAAAUCCCAAAUCGAGCAUGGAUCAGCCAUCUCUUCUCCCCCCUUUCGAUUUCGCCGCUGCCCCAAAGAAUGCGUUCGAGGCCCUCCAACAGAACGAGCUACUCACUGCCGCAUACCUCUCUCAGGGCGCAGACCUUUCGGCUCUCGGAUAUCAAGGUGGAGCGGCAUCCAUCGCUGGGUCAGAACCUCAGAUCCAAGCGUUUGCCAAGUUGGAAUUUGACGAUGGUCACUUUUAUGUCAAUACCUACUCGUUUAUCCUAGGGCGAGACGUUCGGGCAGCGCGCGCCGCCCAUCAUCGAGAGAUCCAGUACCGGCAGGCCGUACGAAGCUCUCGAGCGAAGAGUUCAAGUGGAGGCAACACUUCGCACACCCCCAACCGUAUGAAGCGGGAGGGAAGCGGUCCAAUGAUGGGCAGUGUUGUCAGCGACCGGGGAGGUAUCAUGGGCUUUGACCCUGAUGUUCCUCCGAAUCUUCCAGCCAACGUGGAGCUUAGCCGACGGUCAUCAAAGUCUUCAUUCGAUGGUUCCGCAGCGCCCCUGCACGCCAACCCGGCGCAAUUAGAGUCAACUACAGACUACAAUGCGCUCGCAAUGCAAUCCUUACAAGAGGAACCUGGAGAGGCCAAGCCCGUUGAUACGUUAGCUUUGCUCCCUUCUCCGGACUCUUGUCCUACAAUUCCCAUCCAUCCUCCAUCGACUAUUGAUGGCAUCGCCGCAGGCCACCGAGGUAUCUCUCGCAGACACGUCCGCAUUUCUUACAACUUCGACCGCAACCUCUUCGAGAUGGAGGUUAUGGGUCGCAAUGGCGCAUUUAUCGGGGCUGACUGGCUUUCACCGGGGCAAAUUCGCCCGUUGCACAGCGGUGACUAUAUCCAGAUUGGAGGCGUGCGCAUCCGCUUCUUGCUACCAGAUGUUCCCAUCGGUGACACUGGAGCGGACCGGAUGGAAGAGAAAUUGGCAGAAGAAAAGGAGGCUCAAGAAUCGAUUGAUCUCGAUGCUGAUGCUGAUGCUGACGCUGACGCUGACGCUGACGCCGAUGCUGAUGCCGAGCACGAGAUUGACGACAUGGACAGGCCCUUCAGCGAGAGUGCUGAUGGCAAGGAUUCCAGGAAGUCCUCCUUCAAGAAUAAGGAUGAUUCGAAACUCCUGCCUUCUAUCGAAGCAGGUGGAGAUGGCCAACAACCGGCUCGCCGCCGUGGACCUGGCCGGCCUCCCAAGGACGGAAUCAUGUCCAAGCGCGAAAGGGCUGAGCUUGCUCGGGAGCAGAAAAUGGCCGCCAAACGCGAAGCCAACGGUGGAGUCACACCGCCGCCUCUUGCCAACACCAAGCCCAAGGCUGGGAAGACUGUCUCCAAGGAGCCUUCUCAACCCGAGUCGCCGACAUCCUCCAAGCCUGCCGAGAAGCGCAAGUAUACCAAGAGGAAGAAGGGUGAUGGCACUCCGACGGAUUACCCUCUACCCUCAACCGAAGGUGGCCAGUUUACUACAGAACAACGGCCUGAAGAAUACGUCAAGCCCCCCCCUGUCAAGAAGCGCAAGCCGUCACGGUCACCAUCUCCCAACUAUCCUCCGGAGUCUGCCUAUACGCCGGAAGACCUGGCGAAGCCUCCUUACAACUAUGCUGUGCUUAUUUUCGACGCUCUCACGGAGGCUUCCGUUCCAAUGACGCUGAAGCAGAUCUACCGUGCAUUGAAACUGAAGUAUCCUUACUUCCGCUUCAAGUGCGAGACUGAGGGUUGGACAUCCAGUGUUCGGCACAAUCUGAAUGGUAAUGGGCAUUUGUUUAUGCACGCAGAGCGAGAUGGGAAGGGAUGGUCAUGGCAGCUUCGUCCUGGUGCUUCUGUCGAGAAGGAGAAGAAGAGACGUCCUUCGCCUCCUCCACCUCAACCUCCACAGCAAUCGGCACCUCCUCCGCAGUACAUGUCUCCCAUGACCCAUUCCUACGCACCCCCAGCCGGGGCUCCUGCUCCAAUGCCAAACCAGCAUCAGCAAUUCCAAUUCCCCACGAUGCCAUCCAAUUUCUCUGCGCCAACCGUGCCCCCUCAGCAACAUCCCAGUCCUUAUCCUCCCCCUGCCCCAGUCACAUCCGUCGCGACUGCGGCUCCCACUGCGGCCCCUGCAGCGGCCCCGGCCCCGGCCCCUACGCCAGCUGCUGUUCCUGCUCCUGCUCCUACACCCGCUCCUGUUUCAGCUCCCACUCACACUCCCGUCCCUGCACCUGCACCUGUCCCUGCACCUGCCGCUGCAUCUUUCCCCAUUCCGAGUACCAUUCGCAACAGCCUCCCGGCCGCCUUCGCUCAGACAAUACCUUCGACCUACACAUCCCCUUACGCCACCAGCUCUGCUCCACAGGCUCCUCAGCCCGGACAAAUACAGGCUCCGCAACCUGGCCAAGGGCCGCCGGCGCAGCAUCAAUCGCCCUAUGCACCCCAAAAGCCACCUUCCUCUCAACCGCCACACAUGAACCCGCAACCUCAAGCUUUCCCUCCACCCGCUGGGCCAUCAUAUCAACCCCAGCAGCACCAGCAACCGGUCCAGUCACAGCAGCAUCCGCAUCCGCCUCAGCAAGUGCCCCAACCACACCAGCACCAGCACCAGCACCAGCAACAGCAGCAACGUCCUCCGCCCCAAGCACCACAGGCGCAUUCACAGCCGCCGCCUCCGGUACAGCAAAAUUCCGCACCUUCCGGUCCGUCGGAGUCAUCCUCGUUCACUGAACGCGCGAACAAGGCCAUCGAUGACUUUGAAGCCGUUCUCAUGGAAGACUACGAAGACAAGAACUACAUCCGAGAGGUGCUUCGGAGUGCGCGCGCUCGCGUCCUGGACAAUGCCACCGAAAGCUCAUUCCCAGGCGGCGAGCCGAAGGACGAAGCGGUCAUCAUGGACGUCCUGCGCAAUCUGGUCGGAAGCUUGAAAGACGAGUAG